CUUGCGAAAACAGCUGAGAAUUUCGCUUAUCGUUCACGACAUAUUUUACCGAAAUAACAAUUUUUUUUUCAAGUUUAAACAGAAAUUAGCGAUAUGAGCGAAGCUGCCGUGGCUCCGGAGGCCGACGGAGCCGUCACAGAGAGAAUGGUGGCGAACAACAAGAUUCACUUCUCCAAGGAAGUAAAGCAGGUCAUCGAUAAGGUCCUAAAAACGGACGAUCCCAUGGAUGCACCUGAUUUUAACACUGUGGACUACAUAAAUCAGCUCUUUCCUAACGAGCAGUCUCUGGUGGGCAUCGACGAGACCAUCCAGAAAAUGCAGUGCGAGGUGUCUCUGAUUGACGACAACAUCCGGUCCGUGGUGCGUGGCCAGACGAACACAGGCCAGGAUGGGCAGGUGGCGCUGUGUGAGGCCCAAAAAGUCAUCAGCUCGCUGUUCAGCCACAUCAUCGACGUAAAGUCGCGGGCAGAGCGCACGGAGGAGAUGGUCAAGGAGAUCACCCGGGACAUCAAGCAGUUGGACUGCGCCAAGCGCAAUCUCACCGCUGCCAUUACUACGCUAAACCAUUUACACAUGCUGGUGGGCGGGAUCGACAGCUUGAACAAGCUCAUCGAGCGGCGAUCCUAUGGCGAAAUCCUGAAUCCUCUGCAGGCCAUCACUGAGGUGAACCAGCACUUCCAGCAGUUCUCCGACAUCGAGGAGAUCAAGAAUCUCUCCCAGAGCGUGGACAAAAUCCAGGUUACCUUGGCCCAACAAAUUACAGAGGAUUUUAAAGAUGCGUUUUCCGCAAAGCCUGCCGGACAAAACCAACAUCGUUUGGGAUUAAACCAGCUGGCUGAUGCCUGCAAGGUGAUGUCGGUGCUCGAUCCGAAGGUAAAGAAGGAGCUGCUCAAGUGGUUCAUUGCCCAGCAGCUGGAGGAGUAUAUGCACCUGUUCCAUGAGAACCAGGACAUUGCUUGGCUAGACAAGAUAGAUAAGCGUUACGCCUGGCUCAAGCGCCAUCUCCUCGAAUUCGAGGACAAGUACGGUCCGGUCUUCCCGUUAGACUGGGAGGUGUCCGAGCGUAUUACUGUGGAGUUUUGCCGGCAGACUCGCGACCAGCUCUCGCAGAUUAUGGCCAAGCGCAGCAACGAGAUCGACGUGCGGCUUCUUUUGUUCGCCAUCAAUAAGACACAGGCCUUUGAGCAGCUGCUGUCCAAGCGCUUCACAGGAGUCACGCUUGGAGCCACGGCGACGGAUCAGGCGCGGGCUCUAGGAGAGCCAUCGGUAGCUGAUGCCCCCAUGGGUGUCACCAUCUUUCACGACCAAAUCGGGCAGUGCUUUAAGCCACACCUGGAUAUCUACAUUCGCAGCAUCGAUCGCAACCUCGCAGAGCUGAUGGAUAAGUUCGUGGAGAUGUCCCGUGAGCCUUUCAAGUUCGCCGAGUCCAAGACCACCGUGUACCCCAGUUCCGGAGAUCUGUUUGUCUUCUAUAAAAAGUGCAUGGUGCAGUGCAACCAGCUGAGCAAUGAGCAGCCCAUGUACGACCUUGCCUUGGUUUUCAAGAAGUAUCUGCGGGAAUACGCCGCCAAGGUGCUCGAAGGCAGCACUCCCAAGCUGGUGCCAACCACUACGGGCAGCUCCCUUGGCAAGAGCGUUUCAUUGCUUACCCGCGACAUGCAGAACUUGUCGACGGCCGCUGGUCAAGUGUUCCACAAUUUCCUUAAGGAGGGCGACACACAGCGCUUCUCACGCGACGACUUGAUGCGCAUCUGUUACGUUCUGACCACCGGCGAGUAUUGCCUGGAGACGGUCCAACAGCUGGAGGAUAAGCUGAAGGAGAAGGUGACCUCCGCCUACGUGAGCAAGAUCGACAUGAGCGAGGAGAAGGAUGUGUUUCAUCGCAUCAUCUCCAACUGUAUCCAGCUGUUGAUUCAGGAUCUGGAGGCCGGCUGUGAGGCCUCCCUUCAGGCGAUGUCCAAGGUGCAGUGGCAGCACAUCAACAACGUGGGCGACCAGAGCGCCUUUAUCAGCAGCAUCUGCGCCAACUUUAAGCAAACGGUGCCCACCAUCCGGGACACAUUGGCCAGCUCGCGCAAGUACUUCACGCAGUUCUGUCACCGGUUCGUUGCCGCUUUUAUACCGAAGUUCAUCAACGUGCUUUACCGCUGCAAGUUGACGCUCUCGGACGGCUCAAACAAUGUGCUAGGCUGCGAGCAGUUACUCUUGGACACCCAUUCGCUAAAGACUGCUCUCCUGGAGCUACCUUCCGUGGGGUCUAGCGUGAAUCGCAAGGCGCCCACCAGCUAUACCAAGGUGGUCGUCAAGGACAUGACGCGUGCCGAAAUGAUUAUAAAGGUAGUGAUGACGCCGGUCCAGCCGCCGGCACACUUCACCCAGCAGGUCCUGAAGCUGCUUCCAGAUAUCACUAUUGCGGAGUAUCAAAAGAUUCUGGAUAUGAAGGCGGUCAAGCGGGUAGAUCAGCUGCAACUUAUCGAUCUAUUCAAACACACGGCUUCGGCAGCAGCGGUUAGUGGCCUAAUAGAGACGACGGCUGCAGAUGAAGAUGCCCAAUGCUCAGAGGCCCCUGCAGCGGGAGCUGUCGCAGCCACUGAAGAAUCGGAACAAUCGAUGGGAACAGCCGAAUCCAGCUCAAUCACCUCGACAACGACAGCAUCGUCAUCAACACCCAAGCGCGCGUUCAUCUUCAGCGUAGGGAGCUUCACGGGCAGUGCAGAUAAGAAUGCCGAUGGCAGCUCCCAGACGGGCAUCCGAAAGCUAGAGAGUCUGCUAAAGAAGCGGUUCCCUUAGUUUACCUACCUACUAGUUAUCAUUCUUCUGACAUCAUUCCAUUGCGUUUGCAUGUAAUAUGAUAGUUUGACAAUAUUCUUAAAACAUUUACAUAAUUAAUUGUAUAUUUCUGGGUUGAAUACUAUAACCAUAGUUCUGUAGUUUACUUUCGUAUUGUUUGCAGUCCAUCCAAGUCUACCAAAUGCUGAAUAAACCUUCGCCUUUUCUGUAUUAACAA